AUGAUAUUUUUUGAUGGUGUAUUUUAUUCAGAUAAAUGUCUUUCACCUAGAGCAUUACAUGAAUCAUCAAAUUUAGAGACAUUUAUGUAUACAUACAUCUUUCCUAUUCAAUUUGCGUUUGGAAUAAUAGGAAAUUCAUUAAAUUUAUGGAUAUUUGUUUCUGAUUCACUUAGAAAUAGAGCAAAUGACUUACUGGCUGCAGUUAGUUUAUGUGAUUUAGUUUUUUUAAUACUAAUGGUUCCUAUUAGUUUAUCACAUUUUGAAAGUAUAGGAAAUAUGUUAACAUUUCGAUAUUAUUAUUAUUAUUAUAAAUCAGAAAUAUCUGCUUUAGUCAAUUGGAUUUCAGCAGCAGCAAUAUGGUUAAUUUUUUUUGUUACCGCUGAAAGAUACUUGGUUAUAAAAUCACCAUUACGUCCCAAAAUUUAUUGGUGGAAUAGAAAAAGAUCAACACUACUUUUUUCAAUUUUUAUAUCAACAUUUUUAAUAACUUCUUAUCAUCAUUUUGAGUAUGAUUGUCAGAUGGUUUAUUUUUGUAAUGGAACACAAAUUCGAUCAUUCUGUUAUUCAGCUGGUUUCAAUAGUGGAAAUAAAAAUUGGGAUGGCACAACAAAUAGAACAUGGGAAGUUUCAAAUUUUAGAAAAUAUUAUAUUAUUUAUAGUACAGCAUGUAAUGUUCUUUUUGUUGUAUUAAUACCAAUAAUAGCUGUUGCUAUAUUAACUGUCCUUUUGAUAAAAAAUUUAGAUAGAGAAGAAGAAAUUUUACAGCAUGUUGAUGAGACCUGUUGUCAUAGAUUAUCCAUAUCACAUCACAGACAAAAAAGGAAAGUAACUAUAACAGUUAUUGCAAUAGCAUCAUGUUUUGCAUUUACUCAAGGUCCUUCAGCAGUAAUGUACUUUUGGGAAAUGUUUAUCGGAUUACCGGAACAACGACGAUUCAUUCACACAUUAAUGAGCAUUACAACGGGAUUAGUUAUAACUGGAAAAACAACAAAUUUUCUUUUAUUUUGUCUUAGUUCAGCACAUUUUAGAAGAAAAUUUGUUGCAAUAUUUUUAAAGAAAUUUCCAACUCUUGGGCAAUCAAAUAUUGCUAGGAAGUUGACAUCCCGAAGAGCAUCAGAAUUUUAUCAACAAAAAAAUGAAUUAAAUUUACCAAAAGAUAAUGAAUAUCAUGAUGAGACAGGAGGUAUGAAAAAGAAUAGUAAUGUUCCAAGAUCAGCAUCAGGAUACUUACAUCGACCAUCAAUUUUAAGAUCAAUUUCUAUAAAAAGUACUAGUUCAAAUAAAUCACAUGCAAGUAAUAAUGAGUUAACAUCCAAAAAAUAUGGUCAAAUUCUUCCAACAAGAAUUAAGGAAAAUAAAUGUUUGAUUAGGACGUCUUUACCAAUAGUAGUUGAAGCAAUUAACGAAAAUCGAAAAAACGAUACAUGUGAUGAAAUAUAG